AUGAAUACCUUCAAGUCGCUUUUUUUAAUUUUCGCUUCGGCGCUGUAUUGCGCCCACUCCGUAAGCCUUAAGGGCAGCAAUGGCAGAGGAGAUAAUCAUAAACUAAAUAUGAUCUUGGAUGGCAAAAGUAAAGUAGAACUAAUCAAAGCACACAACCACUCAUUCCAUUCUGGCUUAUACACGGACGAGUCCAAAAAAUUCACUUGCGAAUGUACAUGCACAGGCAGUAAUAACACUGAGGGGGGAAGUGAAAGCGGAAGUGGAGGUGAAACCGAAACGGGAGGGGAAAGCGGCAAUGGUUCAGGAAGCGGAAGUGGAGGUGAAACCGAAACGGGAGGAGAAAGCGGCAGUGGUUCAGGAAAUGGAAGCGGUUCAGGAAGCGGCAGCGGAUCAGGAGGCGGCAGCGGGGGUGAAACCGAAGCAGGGGGAAGCGGAACAGCCGGAGGUAGCCAUGAUAGAAAACCUCCAAGAGAAAUUUUAGAGGAAUAUAAGAAAAGAAAACAAGGAAUAAUUGCAGGAUAUUAUGGUUCAUGGAAUAGUCAAGGAGAUAGAGCCAAAAAUAUGACCGAUUCUAGCCCAAUGGUAUCAAUACUGUACAUUGCUUUUGCUCGUAUAAAUAUGUUUUAUGAUGUAUCUAGACCAUUUAACGGAAAGCAGAAAUUUUUAGUAAGGAAACAUGGACUAGAAUAUGAAACCUACGGAGUGAUGCUAAACGAAAUCAGGAGAAUAAGGAAAGCACGCCCAGACAUCAUCUUAAUUCUAUCAUUAGGAGGAGAAACGUACAUGAUAGAUAUUACAAAAGAUAUUGACUAUAUAGACCAAAUAGUUAAGCUCGUAAAAGAUUUUGAUUUUGAUGGUGUAGAUAUUGACUGGGAACCACAUGGCAGCUUUAACAAUCUAAACGAACUAGACUUUUCAAAAUAUUAUAUUAAAUUAAUCAACUUAAUAAGAAGUAGCAUCCCAGAAGAGAAAGUCAUCUCCAUAUCGGGAUCAUCCAAUGCAGCCUUAUCAUGUGUAUCGGUAAAUGAAACAUUUUGCAAAGACGAUGACUCUCCAUAUAACACGAACUACUUGUCUCAACAAAUGGGUAAAAACGAAGAGCUAUACAAAGCGUCCACUAUGUUAUCUACAGGUACUUUUGUCAACAUUUUUAACACAGCAAAGGAAAAAAUUGACCUUGUAUUUAUUCAAACGUACAACUUAGAGACGACAAACCCAAGUAUAAUGGUAGACAUGUAUCUAUCCCAUCUCUAUUUCGGACUGAAAUAUAACAUCACAGUUUUGCUAGGAUUUUCAUUAGAACACAACCGAGGUGGGUUCAGUCCAGAAGACAGAGCAUUAGUCGAAUUAGUAUCAAAAACGAUUCAUGACGAAAAUCAUAAGCACAAUCGAGCAGACGGAGUAGGAAUAUGGCACUUGUUCAUGAAAGAACAGUUGCCAACUGGGUCAUAUGAUAUAGAUGCGUUCCUUACGAAUGUAUGGAAACAUUUAAACCCCCAGGUAGAAGCACCAAAGGACGUAGUUACAACUCAAAACCCUGAUGACUGUAACAGUAUAGAUGAAUAUGUUUCUGGACUUGUUGUAUCUAAAUCAGGCGUGUAUUACAAGCACAAUGGAGCUAUAUGGAAAACUAGGUCAUACUCAACCCGUGCUCCUGGUGUUGACAGAUAUGAAUGGGACUUGGUCAAAAUAUGUUAUGAAAGAGCGUGCAACGGGAAGGCGGCUCAUUACUUUAACACUGAUUAUCAAAAUGGAUCUAUAGUUAUAUGGAAAGGAGAAGCAUUCACUAUUAAAUGGUGGCAAUCUGGACCUCCUGAAGGCGCGGCGUUGGAAGCAUAUGAAAAAUUGGAUGCAUCCGAAUGUCCAGGACUGUCGGAAUGGAACAAGGAGCACCCACAUAAGCCAAUUGAGGAAGACAUCCCCUAUGAGCAAGAGGAAGACGCGCCUCUGUAA